AUGCCUGUCCUCUAUAAGGACCUCUCAAUAAAUGACUCCCAUUUGCAUACCAGACAGUCUUCGAGUCUCUUCGAUGUCUCCCAUAUGUUGCAAAUGCGAGUCUCAGGCAAAGACAACAUCCAAUUUAUGGAAAGCCUAACCGUUGCUGACAUUCAAGGCUUGGAACCAAACACUGGAACUCUUACUCUAUAUACCAACGAAACGGGAGGUAUUAUUGAUGACCUCAUUGUCACCAAAACAGACAAAGAGUUUCUGUAUGUUGUCUCAAAUGCGGGUCGUAUUGAACAAGACUUAAAACACGUCACAACCCAUUGCCAGACAUUGAAAAGUAAGGGGAAAGACGUGUCAAUCGAGAUCUUGGAGAGGGCUCUUCUGGCACUACAGGGCCCACAAUCUGCCCGAUGUCUGCAGUCAUUAGUUGACUCGGAUUUGUCGAAAUUAAAUUUCAUGGCAUCCGUAGUGACGAGUGUUUGCGGUGUCAAUGACUGUCGGAUCACACGAUGCGGUUAUACCGGAGAGGAUGGCUUUGAGAUAUCUGUGCCGAUCGAGAGAGCGGUUCACGUGGCAAACACUCUGCUCACCUCAUCUAACGGUGCGGUCAGACUGGCCGGACUCGGAGCUCGAGACACACUCAGACUCGAAGCCGGUCUCUGUCUUUAUGGCAAUGACAUCGACGAGAAGACGAGUCCAAUCGCCGCAUCCCUGACCUGGACUAUCGCCAAAAGACGGCGACAAACCGCUGACUUCAUUGGCUCUCAAAUAGUUUUAAAGCAUUUGAAAGAUAAGCCCAAAGAACGAAGAGUGGGAUUACUUGGACUCACUUCGGGUCCGCCCGCGAGGUCUCACUCUUCAGUAUUAGAUCCAAACACUAAGGAAAGGAUCGGUGAAGUGACGAGUGGUUGUCCAUCGCCUUCACUCAAGAAGAAUAUAGCGAUGGCUUAUCUGCCACUGACUCAUAAAAUUGGUUCAAAAGUAAUUUGUGACAUAAGAGGCAAACAGUUUGAGUACGAAAUCGUAAAAAUGCCUUUCGUUUCGACAAACUAUUAUUUCAUUAAAUAG